AUGCUGUGUGCGAUAUCUAAUCGAGUCCCGCAGAAUCCCGUUAUUACUAAGCGGGGUGGAUGCCUAUUUGAGCGUAGCUUGAUUGAGAAAUACAUUGAUGAGUACAGUCGAUGUCCUGUCACAGGCGAGCCCCUCACUCGCGAGGAUCUUUUGCCUGUGCGUGGGGGAACUGCAGGGGGCGGAGGAGGCACACCGCCGAUUCUCGGCGCAUGCUCUGUUUUAGAGCUACUAGAGCGUAUGCGUAUUGAAUGGGACGCAGUCAUGCUUGAACAGUACUCUUUCCGUCUAAAAUUAGCACAGAUGGAACAGGAGCUGGCGCAUGCACUGCAGCAAUACGAGGCUGCUUGUCGAGUUAUCGCUACUCUUACGAUGGAAUGCGAUGAACUGCGUCAGGAAAGGCAGCGUCAUUCAAAUGGGAAUGGUGAGAGCAAGAAAAAUGAGGAAGAAGCUGUGGUCGUAUCUUCUCCAGUACUGUCACUAAUCGAUAGUCAAGAGGCAAUGCAGCGUAAAAAACGCAAGCAGCGAAAGCAGAGUCUAAUAGAUUUACCUAGUCAGCUGUCGGAUUCUUUUGUUGAGGUUUCUCAAGUCAAGGUCAUUCCGAACAACACAGGAAGUGCCCUUUGUUUGUCCAUCGCGAACGAUCUGUUGUACUCUGCGGGGACUACAAACUUGGAAAUUUUGCAAUAUGACAUGACAAAGAAGUGUGUAUUAGCAACUGGCGGGGGCCAUCACAAGCACGUGCACACUAUCACCACGGCCCAUGAGGGAGCUCGCAUUAUCUCGGCCUCCGAGGAUCACACGGUGAAGAUUUGGGGAUCAGAGCCUGGUCAAUUAACCUGUGAGGGGACGCUGCGCUAUGCGAAUGGGGCAUCGGCCCUUAGUCGUCGGCUUAUUGGUGAGACGUACGCACUGGUAGGCAGCGCAGAUGGAUCUCUAUAUAUUUCUAAUAUCGAGGUUGGCGAACAGGCUGUGGUGGCAACGGGGGCAAGAGAUAGUGGUAUCACAUGCGCCGAGCUUCACCCCUAUGCCUCCUUGGCUGCGAUUGGCACAACAAAUGGUGAACUCAUGUUGUGGAACGUGAAGCUAGCUGCCCCGGAUACGGUUCUCUCCCUCCGCACAGACUCCUCUGCCCAUGCCUCUGAAUUAAGGUGCUACCCGAAUAGCAUAGACUUACACCCAGACUGCGUCACACUUGCAACAGGUCUAAGCGAUGGUCGUGUGUUACUAUGGGACUUACGUAAGAUUGAUGAACCUGUGGCUGAAAUCAUGACUCCUAAUGAUACUUCAGGUAACUCAAUACUCUCACCGGCAUCAGUAGCAUUCGAGGAAAGCAGUGGUAUUUACCUGGCGGUUGGAAUGUGUGAUCUGAAGCUGUACUACACAGCAAAACUUCUAGAGAGCGCUCCGAUCGCGGAGUGUGUUCUUGACACAUUGAGUACUGACCAUAGCAAGGUAAGUGGAGUGUGCUGGCCGAGAAGCUCUGUUAUGGCGGUGAGUUGUAUGGACGGUGUGGUACGGAUCUUCAACGCAUAA